AUGGCAGCAGCUUUCUCAUACGCGCAAGCCGCGAAGGGCAUUUCAAGCCCAGUCUCUGUCAGCAAGCCAGUCUCUGGCUCCGCGACACCGGCCAAGGACGAUGCUUCCAAAGCCCCCAUCUCCUCGAUUGCUCAAGUGAAUAGCUGGGCCGACGAUGCCGAGACCGGGUCCUCGAGCGAACAGCCCAUCGCGAACAGCGAGUCACGAACGACUUCCUCGAAGCCCUCGAAACCCGCUGAGUCGCUCGAGGCAUCCACCACCGACCUCGACUCUCUGUCUGCCUCGACGGUGACCAAGGAUGACGAUACGUCCUCGCAGCCCAAUAUGUCUUCUGAGUCGACAUGGGACAACAAGUCCCAGGCUUCCACCUCCGUCGACAAGACUGUCGAGCCUGUACAUAAGACCCCAGAGAAGCCAGAGAAGAGCGAGAAGGGCAGAAAAGGCAAGAAGGGAGAAAAGGGAGAAAAGAAGGAGGCAGAGAAGGAGAAGGAGCCACCUAAGCCCCUCAAGGAGGCACCUCUGCCCACAGUGAACAUCUGGCAACAGCGUGCAGACCAGCAGAAGUCACAGGCGAAGCCUGUACCGGCGCCCGUAACGAAUGGAGUACCUAAGAAGAGUAGCGAGGGGAGACCUGCUACUGCCGAGACCAAGCCCAAGGGCCGUGAGGAAGACAAGGCAGCUUCCCAGCGAAAGGAGGCAAGAGGAGACGCCGAGAAGAAGGGCCUCAAGAGCAGACCCUUCGACAAGGAUGCAAAGCCUGCAUCGAGCCCCAUGCCGCUACCGCCCAACCAGGACCAGGAGUCGUGGCCGACACCAGAGAUAGCAGUCGACGAGGACCGCAAGAAGGCCCAAGAAAAGGGGGAGAAGGAGCGCAAAGACAGCGCACCCAACGGUACCUCCGGGAAGCAUGAGUGGGUGAAGGUUCCAUACACACCCUCGGUUGUCUUCAACACCCCGCUGCCCAAUGCCGCAACCUCGCGCCGAGGCGGUAGGCCUGGAGGCCGUGGAGGAGCACAUUCCGGUGGCAGACCCGCCGGGUUUGGUGCUAAUGGUGUCGCGGCAUCUGAGAAGGAUGCCUCGGCAGAUGCUGUCGCCAAUGGCGAACAGCCUAAGCGUGAAGUCAAUGGCGUCGCUGGUGACGCCUCUCCCAAGACGAAGCGUUCAGGGAGCGCUACCUCGCCAACGCUCAAGGAGCAAGUGCCAGCCGUCAAUGGAGAGAAGUCUCUUAAGGGACCUGGUGCUGCGCCUUUCGAGCCAGAGGUACCAAAGCGUGCCUCAACCAUGGGCGAAAUGACGAACGGCAACUUCCCUCGUCAGUACUCUGGCAGGUCGGGCAAGGGCCGCAGGGGUGACUUCAGCGGCUCUGAGCGGAGAAGGGAGGGUGAUGUCUCCCCCACCAAGGACGGCAACCAGACCGAGGGCUCUGAGAACGAGCGACGACCCAUGGAUGGGCCGAACGGUGUCAACUCCAAGCAGGGCCGCUACAACAGCUCCUACGCUGGCCGUGACAGGCCUCGUGGCGGUGGACGUGGAGGACGCGGCGGCUUCACCAAUGGCCACCAGUUCACCAACGGGCAUGCUCAGCAAGCCAGCGGAUCGUUCACUAUGGGUCCCGGCUCUCCCACUACCUUCAACCCUGGAAACACGUCCUUCUUCGCGCCGCCUCAGGGCAAGUUCAGCCGUAACGCCCACCGCUCCCAGUCUGUUGCUGAGUCCUACCGCUACCCUGGCUUCCAGGGCGCCCCUCCGAUGGCUCCUCUGAACACGUACAACAUGUACGACUACAACGCGGCGGCACCUAUGAGUGCUAUGCCCUACAGCCCUUAUGGUGUCGAUCAGUUCGCUCUGUUCCAGAUGAUCACCACCCAAGUUGAAUACUACUUCUCGGUGGACAACCUCCUGAAGGACAUGUAUCUGCGUAGGCAUAUGGACUCUCAAGGAUUCGUUUCCCUUGACUUCAUCUCCGCCUUCAACCGCAUCAAGAACUUGUCUACCGACAUCGAGCUUCUCAAGCUCGUCUGCCGGCAAUCGAGCCAUGUCGAGUACCUUACAGGGGAAGACGGCCGUGACAGGCUCCGUCGCCGUGAGGGGUGGGAGCAGUGGGUUUUGAGCAUGACUGACCGUGAUGAGUCAGCGCAGAACGAGGGCCCGGAGAAGCUGCUGAAGCCCCGUGUCCCUAACCCUGCAGGCUUCGAUCAGUCAAACCCUCCCCAGUACCCGGCCAUGCAUACCGGCUACGGCCACGAUGUCUCAUAUCCUGAGCACAACCCUUUCGUUCCCAGUGCGCCCCAGGACGCUAUCGGAGCCCCUAUCGAAACCUUGACUAACGGUACAACACCCGAAGCCGCGAACGGCGUCGCUGUCCCGAACGGUCAACUGAUCGAGGAAUCUACCAAGGCCGUGAGUGCAAUACCCAAUUUAUUCUCUGACGCGGAAAUGGCAUGUUUGACCGUCUUUGUUCGCAAGCAGAACAAGUCGUCAACAGAAUUGCACCCUUCAACUUCUCGAACGUUGCUAACGAUUCCUUCGAUAGUAAAAGUGGCGGCGUAG